CUAGAUCACGGGAACGCGAAGAGAAAUAGAAGAUAUAGCCCUGUUUAAAUGAGCUUGAAAUCUAGGCGUUAGAAUUCAAGAUCCAGUAUGUGAAAUCAUGGAGCUCAUCAGCAACAGGAAAUGAAGAUUUUAUAAAGCAACAGUUAACAUCUCUCCUUCCCUAUCAAGUGGACAAGCAUUUCUUGAGACAUUACUAUGUGGCUACCAUUACACUAGACUGUGAAUACUAUAUGAGAGGUUAACUGUGAAGAAAAGAAAAAAAAAAGGAAAAGAAAAGAAAUUUAAGAUAGACUAUAAGAAUUGAGUGCUAACAAGGGACAUGAAGAAGAGAUCUGUGGAGGGCAGAGUCUUUGGGCAAACUUUAUGGAGAGAGAAGGUUGAUUGACAAAUGAAGGCGUUCCAGACAGGGAAGACACCUUGAGCAAUGGCUUUGGAGCAGGUAACAUCAAAAGGAACUGGUUUAAAUCCUAAUGCCAAAGUAUGGCAAGAAAUCCCUCCAGGAAAUACUGAUGCCACUUCAGUAAGUCACGGGACUGAAAGCUCUUGGCAUGAAAUUGCAGCCACAUCAGGGUCUCAUCCUGAAAAGAUGCAGAGUGAGACCUUCAUCAGAACCAGAGCUGCCCUUUCUGCCAUGGCACUCCCAAGUUGUGCUGGGUCUCAACCACGUCAAGACCUUUCAGAAGAAAUUUGUAAGGAUUAUGAAGUAAUGUAUUCAUCUUGUGAAACCACAAGAAAUACUGCAGGCGUUGAAGAAUCAACUGAUGGAAUGAUUUUAGCGCCAGAAGAUUUGAGUUAUCAGUUAUAUGAUGUUUCUGGAGAAAGCAACUCAUCAAUUUCUACAGAAGACCUAAAAGAAUGUCUGAAGAAACAAUUAGAAUUCUGUUUCUCACGAGAAAAUUUGUCAAAGGAUCUUUAUUUGAUAUCACAAAUGGACAGUGAUCAAUUUAUUCCAAUUUGGACAGUUGCCAACAUGGAAGAAAUAAAAAAGCUGACCACAGAUCCAGAUCUAAUUCUUGAAGUUUUGAGAUCCUCUCCCAUGGUACAAGUUGAUGAGAAAGGGGAGAAAGUGAGACCAAGUCAUAAACGUUGUAUUGUUAUUCUUAGAGAGAUUCCUGAAACAACACCAAUAGAGGAAGUGAAAGCUUUGUUCAAAAAUGAGAAUUGUCCCAAGGUAAUAAGUUGUGAAUUUGCACACAAUAGCAACUGGUAUAUUACUUUCCAGUCAGAUACGGAUGCACAACAGGCUUUUAAAUACUUGAGAGAAGAAGUUAAAACAUUUCAGGGCAAGCCCAUCAUGGCAAGGAUAAAAGCCAUCAACACUUUUUUUGCCAAGAAUGGCUAUCGCUUAAUGGACUCCAGUAUGUACAGUCAGCCUAUUCAAACUCAAACACAGUAUGCCUCCCCAGUCUUUAUGCAGCCUGUGUAUAACCCUCACCAGCAGUACUCAGUCUAUAGUAUUGUGCCUCAUUCGUGGUCUCCAAACCCUGCACCUUACUUUGAAACUCCACUGGCUCCCUUUCCGAAUGGUAGUUUUAUGAAUGGUUUUAGUUCACAAGGAUCUUAUAAAACAAAUGCUGCUGCCAUGAAUAUGAGUCGACCAUUCCAAAAAAAUCGUAUGAAGCCUCAUUUUAGGUCCAGUGGAUCAGAGCACACAACAGAGGGUUCUGUGUUGUUGGGGGAUGGACCCUUAAACAGAUCUGGUUCCCGAAACUUUCCAGCUGAACGACAUAACCCUACAGUAACAGGUCAUCAGGACCAAAGCUAUCUUCCAAAAGAAACUCCCACUUUGCAAAUGGAGCAGAAUGGGGACUAUGGCAGGGGCAGGAGAACUCUCUUCAGAGGUCGAAGACGUCGAGAUGAUGACAGGAUCCCAAGACCCCACCCUUCAAUAGUUGAAGCAAAGACUCCAACACCAAAGUUUGACUUACUAGCCUCAAAUUUUCCUCCUUUGCCUGGAAGUUCAUCAAAAACGCCAGGUGAACUUGUUUUGGACAGUAGAAUGUCUGAUGUUGUUAAAGGUGUCUACAAAGAAAAGGAUAACGAAGAGUUAAGAGUUACUUGCCCGGUGCCUGCAGAGGAUGAACAGACAGACUGCACAUCUGCCCAGCAGCUCAGUAUGAGUGCCAACCCUCCUUGUACAGCUGAGCUUCCUCCCUUAAGCACAACUCAGCAAGAAAAGGAUCUUAUAGUAGAGGAUUCUACUGUUCAAAAGGAUGCCAUCAACCAGACAGCUAUACCAGUUUCUUCCCUAAGUACUACAAAGCCAUCAAGGGCAAAUACUACUUCACCAUGUAGUGGUAACAUCAAUGCCGUUGUAGCUGUGGCCCUACAGGAACCUCGAAAAUUAAGUUACGCUGAAGUGUGCCAGAAACCCCCUAAAGAGCCAUCUCCAGUUCUGGUGCAGCCACUACGAGAACUUCGCUCCAAUGUAGUGUCUCCCACCAAAAAUGAAGAGAAUGGAGCCCCUGAAAAGUCCAUCGAGAAACCACACGAGAAGCCAGAAACAAGGGCUAGUAAGGACUAUUCUGGCGUUCGAGGCAAUACCAUUCCCAGGGGAGCAACUGGAAAAAUCAGGGAACAGAGACGUCAGUUUGGCCAUAGGGCUGUACCUCAGGGAGCAACUCGACGUAACGGCAAAGAGCAGUAUGUGCCACCCAGAUCACCAAAGUAAAACACAAACACAAACAAAAACUAUUCAAAACUUCUCUUCUUCCCAUUAAACUUGAGCCGUGGCUAUAUUGAACUAUUUCAGAGGGCGAGUAUGGGUCAGACAGCAAAGGAACAGGAGAAAGUAAGUCCUCAAAGCGCUAUGGAUUUUGGAGUAGUGAGCAGUCGGAGCCCAAAAUUCAUCUCUAAAGUGAUUUAAAAUGCUGGAGGAUUCUAAUCAGUAUAAAUAUAUAUAUAUGUAUGCAUAUAUAAAAUAUAAUUUUUCUAUUUUUGUUUUUGAUUUUAAUUUGCAGAAAUCUGCCUGGAAUCAAUUUUGAGGGUUCAGAUUUAGCUUUGGGAAAAACAUACUAUACAUCCUUCAGUAUAGGAGAUGAGGGAGUGAGAGAAAAUAUUUUUUGAAGAAGCAUUUCUGUAAAAUUAGAAAUUACUUUUUUUUAAUCUAUUUAAAGUUUGGCUUGGAGAAUGCCCUCUCUGCUUAUAUGGCCUUGAGUUGCAAAGCAGAUCAGUGGCGGGGGUGCCUGUUGUGGUGUGAGUGUGUGCAGGAGUGAUUGAAGCCAAAACUGUUGUCAUGUUAGUAAAUGAUUUGAAAACUGAAUGUAAUACUUGAGUAGAUUUUUUUUUUUUCAGUUUGAAAUUUAGACUGUCUUUUUGACUUUACUAAUAUUUCAUUCAACAAGUUGUUAAACUCUGAUUGUACUUGGGGAUGUGACUGACUACCAAUCAUUUUGAAACUCAAGGAAAGGAUGGGAGCUAUUUAAAAGAAAUGGAAAUUUGACUUAGUUCUGAGUGGGUAAGUCAGGUGGACUUUAGAGGUUUGAACUACCCUGUGAUUGUUUUCCCCGUAAAUUAGGGAGCUUUUUCCCCCUCUUUUCUGUAUGUUCUGUCACUACUCCAAAGCAAAUUAACCAACCGCCUACAGAACUGUGUGUUUCUAACUGCUUUGACCAGUCAUCUUAAAUCAUAUAACUGUUCUAAAUUCCUGGAUUGAACGUCAAAGUAUUUUACUCUUCUAUUCAUGUAUUUAAUAAAUUUUUAGGUCCCAGAAUGAUAGGGCAAACUGACCUUACAUUAAUUUAUUUGUGUUACUGUUGAAGAUGAUGCAUUGUAUAGAAGUAAAAUGAAAAAAAAUUGAAGGCUUAAUUUUGGGACAACUUUUUGCAGUGUAUUUAUCACCUUUCCCUUCUCAAAAAAGUUUGGCAUUCAUUGAAACAGAACUGCAAGUCAGGACAUUUUUUGAGUUAAGGUGAGAAAGGCAGUUGAAAAAAUGUAAUGCAUAAAUUUCUUCGUGAAUAAAGUUGUAGCUCUCAUAUUAAAUAGACAAGUUUACAUGCUGAUGUUUAGAAAACGGCGAAAAUACUACAAACCAUGUUGCAUUAAUGCAUUCUACGUCAUGCCAUUUUCAGAGUUCUAUGUAAGGUGGAGUUUUGUUUUCUUUUCCGGGAUGGUUUGUAAUAGUAAUAACUGUCCCUUAUGUUAGUAAAUUACAUGUGUACAAAUUGAAACUGUAAAUUGUGAACACUGGAAAGCACCAUUGUGACAUAGAGUAAACAUCUUAGUAAUAUAUUAAAUCGAAUGUAAAUGGAAGUUAAAAUUACAUUACUGUGAAACUCAUCUUCCAACUCUAAGUUAAGCUUUGGAGAUCUGUAUUAGUUGAUAAGUGUUCAGAGCUUUGAAAACACUGCACAUUUUCUGUACAAGCCAGAAUUGUUUUUUUGUAACUUUUUCCGCUUGGCAAUUGCUUUUGAUUUGGUGAAUUGAUAACAUGGUAUAAUAUAUUUAAGCAGUUUGAAACUAUUCAUUUCUACACUAUUUUUCAAAAUUAUCUAUUAGAUGAAACAUACAAUAAAACUACCUGUGCAAAAAAGGUAUUAAUUAUCAUUGGCUACAUCUGUGAUAAAAAGUGCUCACUUUGGUUUACUUAGAUUCUAUUGGUGGAAACGAUAAACACUUUGAGUAUUAACACUGUGAAUGCAUUGGAUUUAAGAGAAUAAACAUUUUAUAAAAAUUGGUCAGGAUUAUAAACGUUAUUGCACUUAAAGAAACAACUUAUAUUUUUUGUCAGUAUGUCACCAAAGUUGACUUGUUUUACUUCUUUGUUACUAAUUGUUGGCCCGCCCGCCCAACUUCUAAAACUUAAAUGUUCUUAUUGAAAUGCUGACAAUGUUUUUGAAGAAUGCAAGUGUAUUCUUGCUUUUCCCCAUGUUACUGAACAUAGAAAAUUAAUGGAAACCAUGAUUGCUUUUAGUUUCUUGUAGUGUUUUUAAUUUAAUUUGUCUCAUUCCAGCUAUCUUGGGAUAUAUAGGAAAGAAUAAAUUUGUGUGUAUAUAUAUAUAUAAUAUAUAUAUCCACAGUAUGUAUUUAGCAUUUAUUUUAUUACAGCAGAUUGAAGGUUUGUAUCUAAAUGAUGCCCAAGAUUUGUAUGAGACCAUUGACGAAAUUACUCAGUUACUGUUACUGAAUUGAACAAAGAGUUGGGCACUCAUUAUAGUUCAGCUAUUUAUUUGAUUCUCUAGAAAGAGGAGUUUAAAUGUCAGAAAAUAAGUCAUCUUUAUGACUUCACGUUUCCUUGGGUUGUUGAGGCUAAAAGUAUAUAUAAUGACUGAAUGUUUGGUACAGCAUCUGCCAUAUUUCUUACUGCGUGAAGAGGAAAAAGAGUCACACAAGGUCAUCACUUUUCACUUCAUGGAGAAGGUACACAGAGAUAUUGCAAAACCUACCUGUUAAUAUCCUGGCAUCUAAGACUUAAUUUAUGACACCCAGAGCCUUUAUUUAACCUGAGAAAUUUCCUUUUUGUUAACAAACUCUGGCAUUCAGAAGAGUUAUCAGUCUAGUUUUUUUUGUUUGUUUUGUUUAGCUGGAGUUUGGAUGAAUUUUAAGUAGUAUGGGUUUAUUGUUUUUAUCUAUUGUGCAUGUGAUCAGAUUACAUGCAAAUCUUUGCUUUUACUUUUGCUUCCUAAAAUAAGGUAGCUUGAAUAUACCACAUUCCUUUUUCUUUUUCAAUAAGCCAGGUUGACUUUGCAAAAGGCUGAAUGAUGGAAUAUUAGCAUGCUCACUCAUUAAAAGAACAAGGGUGUUGCUGUACUAGAAAAUAGUAUUUAAAACGCCAGUGCACACUUUCUCUAGCUCUGUUAGGUAUGGUCUGAAUAUUUAGUCUCAUGGCUUCAGUGUCCACUGGUUUUACUUUGACACAGUUGAGCAGUUAAAUAUUUUGUGUUGGCCAUAUAUUUGAUUAUAUUUUAAAAGUAUCCAUUUUGCUUGAUUUUACAGAAAAGGUAAAAUUCAGACAGCAUAAUCAUUUUGAAGCUUUUUUUUUUUUUAGCUACAACAUGAUUUUCUAAUUUUUUAUAUACCUUACAAUUCAUUGACCAUUAAUUUUUAAGCUUUUUGGUGUAUGCUAAUUUAGCUAGUUUUAGUUUUCACACACAAAAAAAUUCAGUGGCUGAGAGGAAAUUUAAAGAAAUUAAUCUGCUUUCAUGUUGAAAGGGAAUACUCUAAAAAAUUGUUAAAUAAUUCCUGAAAGUACAGCUCAGAUGUCAGCAGGCUGUGUAUACAAGUUGUUUUAUUUUUAGUUUUGCAGCACAAAAUACUGGUUAGCAAAUAUAAUGAAAUGUCCACAUCAACAUUGACCUCCUCCCCCUGCUCCUGAUAGAGGUGUCCCUUGAGUGAUAGCUCAUGGAUGUUUGGGGCUGGGAGUCAGAACCAGUUACCUGGCUUCUAUUCUGUCCAUUGCUCAGGUUUUGUUCCUCUUGUCAAAACUGCUGCCCUCAACCCAGCCCGCAGCCAGUGGUGUGACACAUGCUCAUGCAUAUUCUGUUAAACCGCGUACAUUCUUGUAUUUGUAUUUUUGUUUUCAACAUUGCCAAGGUGCUAUGGGAAAUUAAAAUAACACAAAAUUAGAAAAAAAAAUAAAAUCAAUUAAAAAGCA